UUAGUUAUUCGACAUACUGUAAGAUUUUACAUCUUGUACUUCCUUGGACUAAGCAUAUCACUACCGUUGCUCUAUCAACAAAAAACUUGUCCAUUUCAUAGACUCAUUAGAAGUUCGGGUGUACUACAAAAUUUUGUUCGAGAUUUUAGAUUUUUGUAUCUCUAAAAACCAACUAAAGAAUGGCUCCAAAAGUUAAGCAAUCGCAAAAAGCUUAUACUGUAGUAAUCAAGCUUGGCACUUCUUCUAUCUGCGAUGAGAGAACGCAUGAACCACUUAUUUCUAACUUGUCUUUGAUUGUGGAGACUGUUGUCAAACUUCGAAAACUGGGCCAUAAUGUCGUCUUGGUGUCAAGUGGUGGUAUCGCAAUGGGUCUGAGACGAUUGGAUCUCCCCAAGCGCCCUUCUAAGCUUUCUGCUGUACAAGCUAUUGCUGCCGUUGGUCAGGGUAGAUUAAUAUCUCUUUGGGAUAACUUGUUUUCUCAACUCCGUCAACCAAUUGCACAGAUUUUAAUAACUAGAAAUGAUAUAGCAGAGCGAACACAAUAUGUAAACGCUGCUAAUACAAUUUCUGAGCUUUUGCAUUUGGGUGUUGUCCCCAUCGUUAAUGAAAACGAUACGCUUUCAGUGCAGGAAAUUCGAUUUGGUGAUAAUGAUACACUGUCAGCAAUUACUGCAGGAAUGAUUAAUGCAGACUAUCUCUUUUUAUUGACAGAUGUGGAGUGUAUGUACACGGCCAAUCCUCGCUCAAACCCUGAUGCAAAACCUAUUCGUGUGGUUCAUGACUCCUCUUCGGUAAUCGCAGACGUUUCUUCCCCAGGAAGUAAUGUUGGUACUGGAGGGAUGAAGACAAAACUUAUUGCCGCUGAAUUAGGUACUUCUUCGGGCGUAAAUGUUGUGAUUUCCCAUGGCUCGAAACCAUCCAAUAUCCUUGAAAUCAUUCGACACGCAUCCACGUCUGUCGAUGAUUUAGAAAAAGUUGAGGGCCUACCAUUAUAUACUCAUUUUGUUGCCAAAAAGCAAAAUCGAAUGCGGGAUCGCCAUUUUUGGCUUUUGCAUGGCCUGAAGCCACAGGGAAGCUUGGAAAUUGAUGGAGGCGCCCACGAAGCAAUAACAAGAACAAACCGCGCUGGUUUAUUACCGGUAGGUGUUACCAAGGUAAACGGCCAUUUUGCUGCUCAUCAAGCAGUGAAUAUAGUUUUCAAUGGCGUUGUAAUCGGCAGAGCCUUGGUAAACUAUAGCAGUACCGAAAUUGAAUUGAUCAAGAGAAAAAGGAGCAAUGAAAUUGGAAGCAUUUUGGGCUUUACGGAAACUGAGUAUGUCGCUUACCGUGAUUAUUUGGUUAUCAAGGAUUUUGGCACUCAAGAACUUGCAAAAUAAGCAUGUUGUAAUUUAGAUGAUUUCAUUUUUCGUUUAAUGAUUCUUUGUUUUUCUCUGGUUUUGGGUUUCCAUUCUUUCUUUUCGAGCAAGGAAUCCUCUUGCUCUUUUUUCUUAUUAACUCAAAAAACAGGCCAAACCAACUUAGAGUACUAGUCUGAUUCUUUUUUGUUCAAAAUAAUAGAGCGAUUUUAAUUUUAAAUUUGAGAAUGCCAUGAUAGACUUGUCUUGUAAAAUUUAAAGUCGAAAAUUCUUUCAUUCAUCAUUUUUUAAAGAAU